AUGCUUCCUCGCUGGGCAAAGCAUCCCUUUGGAGCUUCCCCUAGAGCCGUGCCGAGGCUGCGGGAGCAGGAGAGACCCGCCGAGCCUGGGGACUACAGGCUGACUCCGUUGCUCGUGGAUCCCGAGAGGACGAGCACCCACAUGAUCUCGGCGGAUGAUGCCGAGUACCCACGGGAAUACCGGACCCUGGGCAAUGGCACCCGGCGCUUCUCCAAUGUAGGGCUGGUGCACACCUCGGAGCGCCGGCACACUGUCAUCGCUGCCCAGAGCCUGGAGGCCCUCACCGGCCUCCAGAAGUCGGAGAUGGAGCGCAAGAGGGAUGCAUUCAUGGACCACCUGAAGAACAAGUACCCACAGCAUGCACUGGCGCUCCGGGGGCAGCAGGAACGUAUGCGGGAUCAGCAACCCAACUACUGGAGCUUUAAGACAAGGAGCUCCCGGCACUCCCAGGGCUCCCAGCCUGGCUUGGCCGAUCAAGCCAAACUCUCCUUUGCCUCGGCCGAAUCCCUGGAAACCAUGUCGGAAGCGGAGCUGCCCCUGGGGUUCAACAGGAUGAACCGGUUCCGGCAGAGCUUGCCCUUGUCCCGCUCCACCAGCCAGACAAAGCUGCGAUCACCAGGGGUCCUUUUCCUGCAGUUUGGGGAUGAGACAAGGCGCGUCCACAUCACCCACGAGAUCAGCAGCAUGGACACCCUGCACGCCCUCAUUGUCCACAUGUUCCCCCAGAAGCUCACCAUGGGGAUGCUGAAAUCUCCCAACACGGCCAUCCUCAUCAAGGACGAGUCACGCAAUGUCUUCUAUGAGCUGGAGGAUGUCCGUGACAUCCAGGACAGAAGUAUCAUCAAGAUCUAUCGGAAAGAGCCUCUCUAUGCUUCAUUCCCAGCCUCACACAUCACCAACGGUGACUUGAGGCGGGAGAUGGUGUACACCUCCAGGGAAUCCUCUCCCACCCGCCGGCUCAACAACAUGUCCCCAGCUUCCCACCUCACCUCGGGCUCCCCUCCGCCGGUGCUCCAGUCCUCGUCACCAUCCCGCUCCCGCAUGUCCUACAGCGGCGGCCGCCCGCCCUCCUAUGCCGGCAGCCCCGUCCAUCACAGCGAGCGCCUCUCCAACCUGCCGCCGGCCCAGGGGGUCUCACCCAGCCCCAGCGCCAUCCUGGAACGCCGGGAUGUGAAACCGGAUGAGGACUUAGCCGGGAAGAAUGUGGUGCUGAUGAAGAACGAGGGGCUCUAUGCCGAUCCCUAUGGCAUGGUGCACGAGGGCCGGCUCAGCAUCACCUCCACGCAGUCCUUGGCUGGCAUGGGAGACCCUUUUGGCUACUCGGGGGGGCUGUACAAGCGCGGCUCCGUGCGUUCCCUCAGCACCUAUUCGGCGGCAGCGCUGCAGACGGAGCUGGAGGACAACCUCUACAAGCCCAAUGCACCCAUGUACAGUGACACAUACGGACCCGGUCUGGGUUUCCGGAUGCCCCCAUCCUCCCCGCAGAAGAUGGCUGAUGGGCGGCUGGUGGAUGUGCAGCCAGGGCAGAGCCCGCACAGCCCCUACUCGGGACCCCCCAGCCGCUCCUCUCCUGUCCGUCAGUCCUUCCGCAAGGAUUCCUGCUCCUCCGUCUUCAUGGAGAGCCCUGUGAACAAGCCACGCAACCCCAGCUCCUCUGGGCCUCCGGAGCUCUUUCCUGGCCCUGGGGAUCGCCCACUUUCGGGGUUUGGCUCCCCUGGACCAGCUAAAGACACAGAAACAAGGGAGCGGAUGGAGGCGAUGGAGAAGCAGAUCGCCAGCCUGACGGGGCUGGUGCAGAGCGCGCUGCUCCGGGGCUCUGAGGCCGAGACCCCCAGUGAGAAGACAGAAGCCACCAAUGGUGGGACCCCCCCAUCAGCGUCCACCAGCCGCAGCAGCAUGGGGACACCGGUGCCCGCGCCACCACCACCCUCUGCCACCAGCACACCCGCGGGGCAGCCCACUGCCAUCACCCGCUUGCACAUGCAGCUGCACCUCCACGACCUGCAGCAGAACGCCAGCGACCUCCGCAACCAGCUCCAGCAGCUCAAGAAGCUGCAGCUGCAGAACCAGGAGAUGGUGAAGACGAUGCUGCGGCGGACGGAGACGGAGAUCAGCGUGCGGGUGACGGACACCAUGCGCAAGCACGAGGACCCACUGCAGCGCCAGCGCAGCUUGGUGGAAGAGGAGCGGCUCCGCUACCUCAACGAGGAGGAACUCAUCACCCAGCAGCUCAAUGACCUGGAGAAGUCGGUGGAGAAGAUCCAGAAGGAUUUGACCCACAACCACCGGCUCAUCCCUGUGCAGGAGCUGGAGGAGAAGGCAGUGGUGCUCAAGCAGCUGGGGGAGACGCUGACAGACCUGAAGGCCCAAUUCCCCAGCCUGCAGAGCAAGAUGCGGGUGGUGCUGCGGGUGGAGGUGGAAGCUGUCAAGUUCCUCAAGGAGGAGCCGAAUCGCCUCGAUGGGCUCCUCAAGCGCUGCAAGACGGUGACGGACACCCUUGCCCAGAUCCGCAGGCAAGUGGACGAGGGCGUGUGGACGUCCCCCAGCAACCUCAGCCAGUCCCCCAAGAAGGUGGCCCCCGAGACAGACUUCAGCAAAGGGCUGGAUUUGGAGAUGCCCACCAGCCCCCCUGUCAGCCUCCACCAUCUGACGGCGGCCACUGAGAGCCUGGGCAUGGCCGGCUUCGGGCACAGCCCCCCCCAAACCCAAAGCCAUCCUUCCAAGAGUAACAACCCUUCCCGAGCACCGGAGAUGGUGCCAGCCAAGACCCAGACGGGCCCUGAGACCCCCAGCAAGAAGAGCGUGGACAAAGCUGUAUCCGUGGAGGCUGCUGAGCGGGACUGGGAGGAGAAGCGAGCGGCGCUGACCCAGUACAGUGCCAAGGACAUCAACCGCCUCCUGGAGGAGACCCAAGCCGAGCUGAUGAAGGCCAUUCCCGACCUGGAAUUCGCUGCCAAGCACAAGCAAGGCACAGGCAGCGGCAGCACCGCAUCCACCCCCGAGCACAAACCCUCCAAGCCGCAGCACGCACCGAAAUCGGGGGGCAAAGGAGACCCCAACGGCCGCAGGGGCUCAGACGAACUGACGGUGCCGCGGUACCGGACCGAGAAACCCUCCAAAUCGCCACCGCCUCCCCCUCCACGCCGCAGCUUCCCCUCAUCCCAUGGGCUGACCACGACCCGCAGCGGCGAAGUCAUCGUCACCAGCAAGAAAGAGCCCGGGUUUAUAAAGAAAGCCGAAUCGGAGGAGCUGGAGACGCAGAAGCCGCAGGUGAAGCUGAGGCGGACGGUGUCGGAGGUGGUGAGACCUGCAUCCACCCCUCCCAUCAUCGCCUCUGCCAUCAAAGACGACGACGACGAGGACCGCAUCAUUGCGGAGCUGGAGGUGUUUCAGAGGAGCUCUGCCUCCCCUUUCCUCCCCAAGCUCCGAUAUGAUGCUGCCGUCUCCCCUGGGCACGCAGACUUGUGGCCCAACGGAGCCUGCAUUGAAGGAUGGAAGGAGCCGGGGAGCAGGCCCUUCUCCCUCCCGCAGAUCGUGCUCACCCACAAGGAGAUCUAUGAAGGCACAUACCAGAGACUGGAUAGCCUGGAAGAAACCAUCCGUGAGCUGGAAAUAACCAUCAGUGAGAUCAGCAGCCACCCCGUGGCUGAAUCUGUAUUCCCUAAAGAACUGCUCAGACCAGCGGGAUCCAGGGAUGCUGGUGAGGAGACCAAGGAAUCUCAAUCUCUGGGGGAUCUCAAACACCAUAGCUGUGAUGAUGGGACUAUCCUGGACCUCAGUCAGGCCAGAGAUGAUGCUCCCGAGGGCCUGUCUCCAAGCAAGACCAAGCCACCUCUGCUACCCAAGCCACAGAGCGGUGGCGUCUCCAUCCCGGCCAUGAAAGUGGUGAACCCGGCAUCCCGGCUGAAGCAGAGCCAGCAGGGCAGCCCCGACAAAAGCAAGCACAUAAAGCAGCGGAUGGAGUACAUGCGGAUCCAGGGCCAGCAGCAGGCCGCUAGACCAUCUAAAGAGGCUAGUGAGACUUCCCCCACGGUCUCAGAAAAACCCGCAUCUGGCAGAACAUCCAUCCCCGUAUUGACUUCCUUUGGGGCAAGGAACUCCUCCAUCUCAUUCUGAGCAUCCUUGCCAGCUCAACCCAACUGCUGUCCUGCUCCCAGGGCCGGGCUUCUCUCUUCCUUGGGCUCCUCCUCCCUGGGACUUGUCUUCUUGAGGCACCUGGAGGGAUUCACCACCCGUCCCUCCUCUUUCUGUUUUAUAUCAAUGUCUUUGCUCCAAUGUGGCCGACCUCGUGUCUCGCCUCUGCUCCACCU